GCUUCCAUCACGACUUUGAACUAACGGACCCGGUCUAGCUCAAUAUCUGCAGCAGUGAAGCCCACUCGCCCAGCCCACAAGUACCAAGCACGUGCACGACUCGGAGGAAACAAAGCACACGCACACCAAACUACCAAACCAACAGAGCAACAUCAAUGCGCCUUCCGCCGCCAUCAACCACCGCGGCCGCAGCCGCUGCCACCGUCGGGGCCGUACUCGCCGCAGUCGCCCUCCGCCGCUACCUGUCCGCUUCUCGCCACCGCGAACCCGCCCGCGUGCCCAUGUCCGCGGCCGCCGGAGCCACCACGCUUGUGGUGUACGGCAAAUCGGCGCAGGAGCAGGAGCUGCUGGCCUCCGCGGCCGGUUCCGUCGUCCUCGGUGAGGGCGAUCCGUCCGGUGAUGUCGCCAUCGCGCUCGCCUACGAGAGCGCGGGCUUCGACGCCGCCGCGUACAUGAGCGCGCUCCGGGCGCGCCGGUUCGGGAGGUGGAUGCUCUGGACGCCCAGGAUUGGUUCCACGCAGGAUCUCAUCACGCGGAACUUUGCAAAGCUACCGGUGGGCGUUGUGUGCGUUGCCGACGUGCAGUUCAAAGGGAGAGGCCGUUCAAAGAAUGUGUGGGAAUCGCCACCAGGCUGUCUCAUGUUCUCUUUCACAUCACAGAUGCAGGAUGCACGGAAGUUGCCCCUUAUGCAAUAUGUUGUCUGCCUUUCGAUAACUGAAGCUAUCAAGGAGCUGUGCCGUGCCAAGGGACUACCAGAACUUGAUGUGAGAAUAAAAUGGCCUAAUGAUCUCUAUCUGAAAGGAUUAAAAGUUGGUGGCAUUCUAUGUACCUCAUCUUAUGAACCCAAAGUGUACAAUAUUUGUACUGGUGUUGGUUUGAAUGUUGACAAUGAGAAGCCUACCACAUGCUUGAAUGCUGCACUUCAAGAGGCAAAUCAUACAUCACCCAUAUUGAAACGAGAAGACAUAUUGGCAUACUUCUUCAAUAAAUUUGAAAACCUUUUCGAGAUCUUCAUGAACCAUGGAUUUCAGGUUCUUGAGGAGCAAUACUAUAACUCAUGGCUUCAUAGUGGCCAGAGAGUUGUCGUACAUGAUGCACAUGAAAACAAGUCAGGCAGUGUCGUCACCAUCCAGGGGUUAACACCAACUGGGUACUUACAUGCUAUUGGUGAGGAUAACAAAAGCUAUGAGUUGCACCCAGAUGGCAACAGCUUUGAUUUCUUCACUGGAUUGGUGAGGAGGAAGAUGGAAGCUUAGGGUAUCAAUACAAUGGGAUACAUGGAUAGAUUCAACAGACUGUACAAAUGAAUGGAAUGAGAACAUGAUUUAAGCAUCAGCCCCCUCCAUCUGUAUUCAAACCUUGUGCUUGGAAUAAAUAGAAGGAAUGCUCUUAUCACAAUCCUGAACGGCCGCUUUGAGACCUCAAACCUUAACAAGUGCCCCACCCUCGCAAUUCCAUUUGCGACAGCUCAGCAUAAACAAUUAAGAAGACAAUCAACCGUGACUGAAGCCCAGGCAUGAGUUCAGAUCUCAGGUGAAGAAAUCGCAGUGACUGAAGACCGUUUACUUGAAUGAUUCAUAUUUCAUAGGAAGAAUGCAUGAAAAUUAUGAAGCACAUCUGCUCCAUUGAUGGGCGGACAGCUUCUUCGGCAGUGUUUGGGGCUCAUGUUUGCAUCAGGUUCUGUAUAACUGCAGUGUUUUUUCUAUUAGUGAACUAAGUUGGAAAUCUGCUGCAACUGCAAGAUUUGUAGCGGUGAUGUAUGAGUUGGUAACUUGUAUUUGCACAGAUGCUUAACUGAAAGGACAUGUUAUAUAUUAUCCAUGCUGUCGUUGUUGGCUUGUGCAA